CCAGUUACUUCCAGCCAAUCCCUCAGGAUGUACUUAACAUGACCAAGAUGUCGUUGACCGGUCUCUUCAGGCAAGACCCUCGCAUACCAGCCAAAACCGAGGGCGCCGUGGUACGGGAGUGCAUCUUCAAUGAACUUGAAAGUCAGAUGAAGGAGGUACAGCAUCAGCAGUGGCAACACGAUCAAGAUGAGAAACAGCGGAAGCAGACGGUGGACUAUAGCUGGCUCGUCAGCACCCAACCUAAGUAUUACAUCAUCCCGCAGCUUCAGCAGCUUGAACUAGAGGACCUCUGUAGCAAGGUCAAGGCUUGCGAAACGGGGAGGAUCAUCUCGCGCUUCAGGGAACUGCUCACACGGCGGCCAGACGUCAAGGAGGUGCCGGCCAUCCUCAAGGCCAUCAUCGUCCAGGUGCUGCAGGAACGUCCUCCAGAGGAAACAAUCACGGACUGGAUGUGGAAAAAGACAAAUAACCUGACGAAAGUCAAACAAAACAUUCGGGUGCAUCCGCUGGCGAGCGUCUCGGAGCAGGUGGACAGACAGUACGCUCACACUAGAAGUCGUAGAGCCAUCAGUGUUCCAGAGUUUGGGAAUAGUGCAACACUUAGAAGUAGAUCGUUACCAGAAUUCUGUGCCAACAUGGAUAGUUUACCAGUAUAGUAAUGAAUGACGUACCUGAGUGUGCUAUCUUCUAUUGUAUUCUAUAUGUUUGGGUUUUGAUAACAUGUUGGUGUGUGACUAUUUUUUCCCUCAAGAAUAUUAUGUCCCCUUCGUCAGGACAUAAUAUUCCCUCCCGUCACUUUAUUUGCUUUAAGUUACUUAUUCUAACAGGUAUUUCCCCUUCUCAUUCUUACUACUCCAUCAACUACCAAAGUCAGACCAAUAUCAUAAUCAGUAUUCAUCAAAAUAUUUGUGUUGUAGCGAUGCCUGCAUGAUGAGAAAUCACUUUUAAAGCUGGUUUGAUGAGAGCAGAUGACAGGGGAAAGAUGAUGCAUAGAUCUCCAUCAGUAUAUCCCAAUCAAUCAGGCUUCGUCAGCCUCAUAUUAUUCCGCCCCGGUGCAUUGAGGGGUUAUUUCCAUUUAAAAUGAGGAUGAUGAUCACUGACCUAAAAAACACAAACUACGGGAUUGCAUUUUGUUUCAUUCCAUUUAAUUGGUUGGUCGAGGGGGUAUAUUCAUAAAUGCUUGAUCAGUAGUGAUCACGGACAAUCCGUUCAAUCUACGCUACCAUUCAUUCUUUGACCUGUAUUUUAGUAGGGGCUGUUUCAUGAAGCUAUUUGUAAAGCUAUACCUUCAAUUGUAUGCAUGUACCGUACAAACUAAUGAAAUACAUUUAUGGUAAGCCAGGCAUGUGUCAUAUUUUAAUUGCGUUAGUUUUAAUUGAAAUGAGCAGAUAUUUAUUAACAAUUCAACAACUAAAAUAGAAGUCAACACAUUUGCAGCUCAAAUUAUAUUUUGCCAUAAAAUUUGAAUCAAACUCUAUGAUAUAAUAGUCGCAGUUUUAUCAUGAAAAGCUUUGGGCUUGAAUUUUGGCACUUCUUAUUUCAGUCAGUCGUUCAGAGAGUCAUGCAUAACUUUACGAUCAGCUUUGUGAAAUGGUUCUAUGACAUUUGCUCCGACGACAAUUGCUCUGCUGUGAAUUCCAUACACUAAUGGAAUUAUCAACUUCAACCCUUGAUUUUCCACUAUACCCUAUUCUAAACCUAACAUAAAAUACUUUUGCAGCUCUAACCCUGUAUCUUCGACGAAAUAAAGCUCAGAGCAAUUGUCGCCGGAGCAAAUGGUGUGUCACAUGAUAAAAACAGCCUUCCCUGUACUGAUAAACAAAAAAUGUAUUCAUUGUAUGCUACCUUUCCACUUCCAUCAGAUAU